UCCCACUCUAUUUUAUUGCCGACCUCAACCUGGAGCGCUGCCACACAUGUCCGCUGAAAUCUUGCAAAACGUCGAUACCACCACCCGCGCGACGGAUCUCGAUCUGCCAGUGCUGCGCAAGACGCUGCCCAACGGCCAGUUUGGGGUCUUCACCUCGCGCCCCGUUCUCGCGGGCGAGGUCUUGAUUGUCAUGCCCCGCGGCGAGCUCGCGGCGUCGCCCGAUCGCUUCACCGUGCAGGUCGGCGUCAACCAGCACAUCACUGGCGACCAGCUCGGCCUGGCCAAGUUCCUCAACCACCACUGCGACGCCAACGCUCAGAUGGUCGUUGUUGCCGACGUGGACGCACCGACUGCGUGCGCGCUCCAGGCAGUGCGCGACAUUCCCGCCAACCACGAAGUCACAUUCAACUAUCUCACCACCGAGUUUGACAUGGAUGAGAAGUUUACUUGCAACUGCAGCUCGUUGCGAUGCUACCGCGAGAUUCGCGGCUUCCGCCACCUCUCGCCCGACAGCCAGCAACUGCUUGUCAAGUCCUCGCAAGUGGCACCGCAUCUUCUCCUGCUCCUCCAGCAGUAGAAACAACCCCAGCCGAUGAUGGCGUGAAAUCUAUCUGUACAUGUAUAUUUUUUCUUUCUUUUGUUGGCGAGUCGGGGGUGAAAGUUACUGUUGUGUUGCAUUUUCAAACAAAACAAAAAAAAAAAAAAAACACUUGAUUACUGCACA